AAGACAUCACUGAGGCAUCACUAGAAUUCCCUUUAUGCUGUGUUUCAUGUGGGUGGAGUGGCAAAUAGGGAUGGUUUAAUGUUUGGUGCUUUUGGUGAGCAGUGUUUUGAAGAAUUUGAAUUUUGGUGUCUGAUCAAUCCCCAUUUCAUUGGAACUUUGAGGCAUUUUGGAACUAGUGAGAUCUGGGAUUGCCCUGUGCAACAAGCCUUAAUCAAGAGGCAAAGAAUGCAAAGACUCAGUAAAAUGGAGUUAAUCUCUUUUCAAAUUGAAAAAGAUGAAAAGGGACUGGGAAUCCUUAUUCGUCUCUUCUAUGAUCCAGCAGACAAGGAGGAGAGGGAACCAGGUGUCUUUAUCAUGGAAAUUGUCAAAGGAGGAGCAGCACAUAAAUCUGGAAAGUUCCAAUUAUUUGACCAAAUCAUUAAUGUCAAUGGUACAAGUCUAAUAGGAUUAACCAAAGAAGAAAUUGACUCUACUUUUAAAAAAAUGGAACAUAGUGUCUGGAUUCAAAUUGGACGCGAGUCACCUGAGAACACCAAGCAACUCAUCAAACACUUAAUGAAAGAGGAAGAAAGGAAAAGAGGUUUCCUUGAUUCAGCCAAACAGGAAAGAGGUGAAACUAACAGAAUUACUGAAAAGGAAACCCCAAAUUAUGAAGCUUCAACUCUGGCAUCACUCUGGAGAACCAGAGAAAUCGAAUUCAAAAAAAGAGAACUAGCAACAAAAAGUGCUCUGAAAAAGAAAGUUCAGAAAGAUACUGAAUUCCUCAAAACAGCAUAUGCCACGAUCGCAGAAGCUGAAGCUAAAUUAUCAAUAUAUGAAAAGAAAAACAGAAUUAGGAUGGACAUGGAGCCAAAGUUGGAAGAAAAAGACUAUCCACCCAUAAACUCUUCCAGAGGAAUGAUUGAGAUCCAUGAAUCUUCCAAUUUGGAUGCAAAAAAUAAGAGACCAUCACCUAUGCAAAGAUCACUACUGGUAAAGGCUGCAAGAAGGUUUGCAAGAUGGUUCCGGUAAUACUUCUGUUUUUGCCUUUUAAUAGCAAAAUUAAAACUGAAUAAAUAAAAGUUUCUUCCUGUUUGGCGUUAA